UGUGGUUCUACAAAAUAUAAAUAAUAAUGCAGCAUCAGUGUCUGAUGAAUAAAUGACUAAAAUAAUAACACACUUACUGACACAAAACAUUCUGUUCUAAAUAAACACGACACAAAAAAAAAACCACGUUGUGUAGCUCAAGUGCGCACGUGAACGAAGCUUGCAAUCAAUUAACGCUAAAACGUAAACAUUCAGAUAGGUAAAUAAUAUUCUUAACUUUCUAACAUCACUUACUUGUAUUCCACGCACACACAUCGAAAAUAAAAGGUAACAACAACUCCGAACGGUAACUCAAAACUACACAAAUGUGAUCGGUAACUGUUUUCUUCUCUCCCUUUUAUCAUCUGCGUGCUGAUCCACAGGUGCUCUAAGCUCCGCCCCCUUAAAGGGCCUCAGCACUUAGGCAGCCUUUUCCACAGCUGCAAUUAGCUACAAAUACAAAUAACACUUUUGUAAUACAAUUCAACAAACUGACGUGCGUAGAGGCUGACCUGUCCACAGUAUUAGCAUGUGGCAAAUUAGACUGUGUUGCAUGUGACCAGGAAUACAUUAGACUUUGGUCUUGUGCAAAUUAAAACUGACUCCAGUUUCUUUCCUUGGAAUGGCAAUGAAAGAACUGGGAGACGGAAAAGCUGGCGGUAUCCUCUGGUAUGUUUCCAGGAGGAUGAUUGCUUUGCAGAAGCAUACACGAAACUAUCAAUACAAAACAGUGCAAUACAGAGAGACAUCAUCUUGCCAAUGGUAUAGACCAGAAAUCUGCAACCUGUGGCUACAAUAAAUAAUGAAAUAAAUUCACAACUUCAACAACAGGUAUUUGUAUUGGAAAUUCUGGCACAGAAGAGAAGGAUUUAUUUGCCUGCGUUUACACAUUUAAGACCAUUACAACCACAUGUAUUUACGUAAAGAGGCAACCAAACAAGUUUCCCCAUUCCCUUUAAUCAGUGCUGCCUCAUGGUUUGAAUUAGGAGAACUUGCAACUUCGAGCUUCCUUUCCCGCUCAUGUGGAACCAGAACUUUUUCUAGAUAUUUUCUGACCAAUAUUUCCAUCGCAAAUAUACCCAAUUACGUCAUUAUCAUAUUAAAUUAUACAAAAGGCAUGUUCAUAAGUAUGUUUAUAGGUAUGAUUAACUUUGCUCAUCUGUGUGUGAAAACACAUGGCUUGUCUGAGUAAACAGAACAUGGUUGUACAUACUGAGAAGAAUGUUUAUGACCACACUUUAGGCAAGGUUGUAGCUUUGGGAAAGGCGUGUAAUAAAAUCCUUUUAGGCCUGAUUUACUGGACUAAGGUGGGGGUCAGUGGAAAGUAGCAGAAAGUUCUGUGGCAUGUGGUGGUGUGACUGUGCAUAGAACUUGGUCGUUUAGGAUGUCAUUAUGCUGGCCUGUUUUCUCCCAGGCAAGAAUAUAUUGAGAAAUUGGCGCAAUUUUCUUGUUUAAAGUUAAGUUGUUCUUACAGCUGCCACUUCAAUAACCACAGGCCUGUCCUGAGUAGGGUAGAUGAUCUACUCUGAGCGAUACAGUGAGAGUACUGCUGAGGCAGCAUAAAGCGGGAGCUUAACUCUAGCUGGGGAAGGUAAAGCCUUUCCUCCAACUGUUAGCGGCUCAUUGUCACUAUAGGUACACGGACUGAAAGGUCAGUUCAUCUCAGAUGGGAUUUAUAAUUGCUAAACUUGUGUUUAGGUCACUUUUAAGAAGCUCAGAUGUAGUUGCUGGCAUUGGUCAGGAUGCUGGAACCUAAUUGUAUUGCUGUUCUUUCAUCGAGCAAAGAACUUUGACAUUGAUGUCAUCAUGAUCAUACUUUGCUGCUAGUGUGUAUUUCCUUCCCCCCCCCGUUUCUGUGAUGCAUCCUGGAGUAAGAGAAGACAGCAAUGUGGAGACCACAGAGUGCUGUGGAUCGACGCAGGUCCGGACAAAAGGACAACAGACCUCUACAGCUAGUCGCCCACAGUCUAUCAUGGUAGUCCAUUCCACACCAACUGGGGAGAAAAUUCACUGUGAGAGCUACUUGAUAAAUACAAAGACUCUUACUGACGCCGUGGCAGAGACAUCUCCUGGUUUUGCUCCAACCAGGAAACGCUACAAAAGCACAACGGAUAUUCCUUAUCCAGGCAGUUUUUGCUUGCUGCCUCCCUGCACCCCUGGAGUCACAGAUAAAGAGCAGAACAUCUGGCGGCGUUGUUCAUUGAGCGAGACCAACAACGUGUCGCAAUUCCGUCGUCAUGCCCUCAGUGUCCCCAACAUGGGCUCCUCCAGUCCCCUUCAUUUCACCCACAGCAGCCCUCUCCACACCAGCCCACUCUCACCAGCACACAGCAACAUAUCUAGCCCUGGAAGGGAAAUGGAGAGGCUUGCAAAGGCUCGAAGUAAACUCCUAGAAAGUGAAAGCAACCAAACACCCAGACUUCCUCCAGAAACCAGAGAGCAACUUCGCUAUGUGUCCAAGGAUGGAAAGUGCAGAGUCAACCUAGGCCACAUUGAUGAAAGGGGGCGUUUUCUCUCUGAUAUCUUUACCUCUUUUGUGGACCUCCAGUACCGCUGGUUUCUAUUUGUUUUUAUGAUGUGCUAUAUUACAACCUGGUUCCUAUUUGCUGGCCUUUAUUAUGUGAAUGCAUCCAUUCGCGGUGACAUGGGUCAAGAACAACCUCUUGGUACAAGUCGGAACCAGCAUGUAGACCAAAAUCACUGCUAUUUGGGAAUAGAUGGUUUCAUAUCGGCUCUUCUGUUCUCCGUGGAGACACAGCGUACCAUUGGUUAUGGCUCACGGACCGUUUCCCCCACCUGCCACGAGGGAGUGCUGCUGGUCAUGAUGCAGUGCAUCGUGGGCUCCAUGAUAGAUGCCCUCAUGGUGGGCUGCAUGUUUGUGAAAAUAUCUCGACCCAAAAAGCGAGCCGAGACGCUUCUUUUCAGCCGCACGUGCGUCAUCGCAAACCGCGAUGACCAACUAUGCCUGAUGUUUCGCCUCGGAGACCUGCGCGAGAGCCACAUGGUGGAUGCAAAGGUUCGAGCAAAGUUAAUAAAGUCCCGCCAGACAGCCGAGGGGGAAUUUCUACCAUUGGAGCAGACAGAGAUUGACCUCGGAUAUGAAACUGGAUCAGACCGCCUCUUCCUGGUUGAACCUCAAGUCAUUCAGCAUAAUAUUGGUGCAAGCAGCCCGCUGUGGGACCUGGGCCCGGAGCAACUCCGACGACAGCAGUUUGAGAUAAUUGUUAUAUUGGAGGGAAUAGUCGAGGCCACAGGAAUGAUGUGCCAAGCCAAAACAUCUUACAUAGAAACAGAGAUUGAGUGGGGCGCUCGCUUUGAACCCUGCAUGAUGCUGGAGAAAGGCUCAUUUCGAGUGGAUCUGCGCAGGUUCCACACCACAUACAAGGUACCGCUUCCAAACUGCAGCGCCAGCCAAGCACACCAGCUGAUGGUUCUGGCAGGGUGCAAAGUCCAAAGCCACACCGCUUACAGGGAGUGCGAUGCUUGGGCAGAGGGAGCAGCUGAAGAAGGCAAAGACAAGUCUCUGUCGAACAUUCGGUUUACCAUCGGUGGCAUUCAGGAGGAAAGAAUGUCAGAAGGUAAUGAAAGUGAAGCAAGUGCUGAGCAGAUGCUGUGAUAGAAUGUUUUACAGGACUUUUAACAUCCCCCUCCUAACCUUAGAUAUGCAUAGACCCGUUUAUUAAAUAUUGGCAUGUAACAAAAGAAAAAUAAAAGGCAAAAGCAUGAAUAAAAUAUUAUAUCAACAAACUGACUGCAUUCCCAUCCCCUUCUUUGUCUUUUUGGAAGCUAAUAAUCACAUUUAAGCAUUCAUUCAAACUAAAGUUAUUUCAAGUUUAUGUGCUGUGUGUUUUAGAUGCAGCUUGUGAUAACAGUGUUAGAAGGCUUACCACAAAUGACUUAUUAAAAAGAAAAUCAGACUCUAAACGUACAAACGUUAAUAAACCAUCAGCUUUGCAGAGAGACUAGACUUUAUUUUUCAGUCAUGGUUGUCAAUUUUAUCAGUCAGAUUUUUAAAAAAAUUACUUUUCAAGAUAAAAAAUAUUGCAUUUUUGUGACACUUAAACAUUUUAGAGAAACAAAAACAUUUUAUUUUCAAAGAUAAAUGCAGUUGCAGGGUGCAAAGCUAAUCAAAUCAACCUGACCCUUUGUAAAAAGGUAAUUGUCUCCCUUGUUAAACAGUUAAACAGUUAAGUUUAAUUUACAAUUUACACCAUGAAGAUGUCAGACAAGACAUGAUGUUGAAACACAGAGCUAAAGUGGCGUUCCCUUUGCCAGUGGUCUCCUGAAUAACAAUGAUUGUAAAUUAAGCAUUUUGUUACAAAUAAAAAAAUCUGGAAAG